AUGGCGGAAACAAAUGCAACAGAGCAACAAGAUGGUGAGAUCUCUGGUUUAUCUGGAAAGAAAAAUGAAGAGAAAACAAACGAGCAGCAGCAGGAGGAUGCAUUUCCUGUGAAUCCUGUGGAGGAGCCCAAACACUCAAUAACACUAGAGACAAAUAAAGAAGAGCAGAAGGAUCGUGAUGUCUCUAGUUUGCCUGGUAAGGAGAAUGAAGAGGAAACAAACGAACAGCAUGUCAACCCUGUUCACCCUGCAGCUGUGGUGGAGCCCAAACAGUCCAGUGAUAUUGAAAGGAAAGCACGUUACAGGGCUUUGCUUAAAGAACUCUAUCUCACAAGCAGCUCUUCUUCUUCCUCUGAUAGUGAUGAGGAAGAGGGAGAAAAAGAAGAGGGAAAAAAGAAAAAGAAAGGCCCUGUUAAGAACGAGAGUACAGAAAAGAGUUUUGGACAUCCUGAAAUGAAGCAAGGAGAAGAACAUCAAGACAGUAAUUAA